AUGGUUCUUAACCGCUUCACGCCCUCUCGCUCCACCCUCGACCAUACACAAGAUGGCGGCGCCGAGGUCUUUUCCAGUUCCUUGGUCGCUGUUCGCCAAGCCGCCAUGCUGGUGAGGGCGAGCGCGGCGCUGCGGCGGGGCCUCCCGCGAAAUUUGCACUCGGGCGGGAGCGACAUAAGAGCGGCCGCCGUUUGCUUCCCGUUGAGCCACCGCGCGCUCCUCCGCUUGCAAGGCCCGGAGACGAUCCCUUUCCUCCAAGGACUCCUCACCAAUGACGUGACCCCUUUCGCCGAGGUGGGCGGAGUCGCGCCGCGCGCGCUUUACGCACACGCCCUCAACGUCCAGGGGAGGUGCCUCUAUGACGUCAUCGCGUACAGACUCCAUGAAAACAAGCAGGAAGAACCGCACGUCUUGCUGGAAUGUGACGCCGGUCUCCUGGACUCCUUCCGGAAACAUCUGAAGCUCUAUAAGAUCCGCAGGAAAUUAGACCUCUCGCCCUGUCCUGGCCUCUCUUUGUGGGCUGUCAUUCCGAAGGAACCGUCGGAGGGUUUGCCUAAGCAAAAUGCUGACCAAGCUGUGGUUCUGACUGCAGAUCCCAGAGUGAAGAUUAUGGGAUGGAGGCUGAUCAUCCGCAAGGAGGUAAACCCUCUGGAGAUCUUCCCCGGAUGCCGGCUUGGAGAGCUAAAGGAUUACCAUCGGCAUAGGUAUCAACAAGGUGUCCCUGAAGGCACGAAAGAUCUCCCGUAUGGAACCGCUUUGCCCUUGGAAUCCAACCUGGUUUAUCUGAAUGGUGUAAGCUUCACGAAAGGCUGUUAUAUCGGUCAGGAAUUGACGGCCAGGACUCACCACAUGGGCGUCAUCCGGAAACGGCUCCUGCCCAUACAGCUCUUGCCGCUGAUGCCUUUCGAGAGCCUCACGGAAGGUACUGAAAUUGUGACCGAAUCGGGGAAGUCGGCUGGAAAAUUCCGUGCGGGCGAGAACGAGUUUGGAAUCGCCUUGCUGCGUUUGGCGACCACAAAGGGCCCGCUGCGGCUCAAACUUGCCGACGAUUCGCAAGUGACGGUCACAGCAUCCAUUCCUAAAUGGUGGCCCCAGCCUGCCAAUAAAUAGUGUGAUCUUCUGCUGAA